UGCGCCUGCGCGGGGCCGGCGGCGCGGUCGCCAUGGUGACAGGGCCGCGGCCGCCAUGGCGGCGCCGCCGGAGUCGCUGCUGCGGUACUGCCCGCCCGUGCUGGUGUCUCGCCGAGGAGACAGGGUCUCCGCGGGGCGUCAGCCCCCGCGCACCCCCGCCAGCUUCUCCUCCACGCAGCAACCGCAGGAGCUCCUGAACGCCAUCCUGCCGCCGCGGGAGUGGGAGGAGGCGCAGAAGCUCUGGGUGCAGGAAGUGUCCACCGCGCCCAGCACCCGCCGGGACGUGCUGCAGCUGCAGGAGCAGCUGGACCGGCAGCUGCAGCAGCGGCAGGCGCGGGAGACCGGGCUGUGCCCCGUGCGCCGGGAGCUCUACACGCAGUGCUUCGACGAGCUGAUCCGACAGACCACGGUGAGCUGCGCGGAACGGGGGCUGCUGCUGCUGCGGGUGCGGGACGAGCUGCGGCAGACGCUGUCCGCCUACCAGGCGCUCUACGAGAGCAGCAUGGCCUUUGGCGUGCGCAAGGCACUGCAGGCCCAGCAGGGCAAGGCCCACCUGGAGAAAAGGAUCGCAGAGCUGGAAGAGGAAAAGGAGGAACUGGAAAAACAAGUGAGCGAAGAGAAAGCAAAAUGUGAGGCUAUUGAAAGGCAAGAAACUGAGCGGCGAGAAAUAGAAGAGAAGAAACACAGUGAAGAGGUUCUGUUCCUCAAACGGACAAACCAGCAGCUAAAGGCCCAACUUGAAUGCAUCAUUGCAGCAAAGAAUUAAUUGUUUUGUUGUCCUCAAGGCAGGCUCAGAAGAGCUGUCAGAGCAAGAAACUUGCAAUUAGUGACAAAGAUUUGUCUUCCUAAAACGAUCUUGAGUUUUCACUUACCAGUAACAGCAGGCAGUGUAACUGUGUUCUUUCUCUCUUGAAGAGUUGAAAUUCAAGAGCUUCAUUAAUUACUGCUCCCUCCUUCAGAGCCAUCUCAGCAGUCAGCUCUUUGAACAGUGAACUUGUCUGGAACUUGCUUGCUGGUAACGUGCUAAUGACCUUCAAAGCAAUAACUAAUAAACAUUUUAAAAUGCAAA